UCCUGGCGCGCCGCCGGCUAAGACUUCCGGGGCCUCUUCUACCGCGCCGCCGCCCAAGCCCUCCAAGCUCAUCAAGGGGAAGGCGACGGCCUCCAGCGCCCCUUCGGGCGGCCAGCAGCCCUUGGUGCUGCACGUCUCCAAGGCUGCCAAAAGCGCCAGCAUGAAGGCCACCGGCCUCCUCGGCCGCAUUACGGAGUUCCAGCGCCAAGGCCGGGACCUGGGGCACCUCCUGCCGUAUGCCCAAAAGUGGAACGCCGCGGACAUCACUCCGGCGACCCGCGGCAUGGGCAAGGAUCGGCUGCCGGCACCUGAUCCUGUCGGGGAUCGGUGUUCUGAGGAGCACUUCAUGCGGCUCCGGGCUGCCGUAAAAGAGCUUGACAGCGCGUGGUACGAUUCCACGAACAAUCUGACGGUCACCGCUGACACUCGGAAGGCCCUCUUCGAGGAGCUUUUAUGGGAGCACCGGGAGCUCGCUGAGGCACACGACAAGUGCCAAGUGAUCCCGGAAGCUUCCAUCGAUGCUCUCAAGGAGCAGCUCGCCACGGCCCAACGGGAGAAGGAUGAGCUCAGCCGGCAGCACCAGGAGGAGCUAAACGCCCUCAAGACCAGCUACCAGGAGCUCAAGUCUCAGUUGAUUCAGCUGGGGCUUGACCACGCCAAGGCCCUCAAGGCCGCUGAAGUGACCGCAGCGGCCAAGUUGGACGAGGCUCUGGAGAAUGCCUGCAAUGCCACUGUGGUGUUGCGGGCAGAGCUGGAGGAGAUGACCAAGGCCCGGAAGGGUGCCGAGGAGAAGGCCGCGCGGCUGGAGGAGGGGCACAAGGAGUGCGAUCAGCUGAUCCUGCAGACCGACACACUUGCCCUCCGCCUCUUUCCGGACUCGCAGAGGUAUGCCGUCAAGAAGGUCGACGCGCAGCGCAGGGACAAAGGCCAAGCGGAUCUUACCGUGCCAUGGACGCCCAAGGACCAUCUGGUCGCGCUUAACGCGCGGGUGUCCCAUAUGCGCUGCAUAGACCGCAAUCUUUCGGACAUCCCUGAUGUAGCUACCCAGCUAUACAGGACUUUAUGGCCUGGCGAGGAGGUGCCGGACACCUUCUCCCUCAUCAACGACCGUCUGAAAGGUGCCGGCAGGAGGAUCCGCGAGUGGCAGUGCUCUGCUGCCCGCGCUGGAGCGGACUCCGCCCUCCGCGUCGCCUGCUCCUGGUACCCGGAGCUCAAUCUGGACGCCCUUACCGGCGUGCGCGAAGGCGCAGAAACGGAUCUGGACCCGAUCCUCUCCGCCAAGCGGCAGGAUCGCGCGUACCGCAUCGCGGAGUAUGCCGACAUGCGCACCUUCAUCCCUCCCCCUCCUGGCGUCACGGAUUAUCUCGACGAGGAGGAGGGUGAAGCCGAAGAAGAGGUCCUGGGCGAUGCUGGUGCCGGCGAUGCUCCUCCGGAAGCCCCUGCUGCAUGAUGAUUUCCUUUGAAGUGUUUGCUCAUUAUAUCUGUUGGUCCUGUUGCUUUAAGACAAUAU